UAAUGUAUGUUUUGUUAGGAUUUCAUCGAUUCGCUUUCAGUUUUCGUAAACAUUAAGCUUCAAUGGCUGAUAAACGGAACUUCCGCUCCACUUAUUACGAAAAAGUUGGUUGUCGUAGCGUAGAGGAACGGAAGUCACUGGAGAUUCUGCUAAAAGAUAAACCACUGAACGUACUUAAGUUAAAACAGUUUUGCAUUCUCUUCACUGUGCCGAACAUUCAUCGAAAUGUCUUGUGGAACUUCUUAUUAGGAGUUACUCCCGCCUACACCGACUCUCGACAAUACGUUAUGACUCAACGGGAGGCAGUAUAUACAGAUUUGUUGCGAGCACUACAAGUAAUGCGACUUGUAGAAGUUAAAACCCCUAAACAUAAGGUUCUCUAUGCUAUGUGGUUACUGGAAACCAAACAGCUCUGUCUUGGAUUCGACUUGAAUCAAGACAGCCCGUUUUGCAAUAUUACCGAAGUUUUAUUGCAAAUAUUCGACAAUGACAUCGAAAUCUAUUGGAUGGCGAAAGGGUUUCAUGAAUAUAGUCAGGAAAUUUUGGAGGAAAUGGGUAAACUUUCCGAUCUCACCAACACCAUACUAGAAAAGGAGGAUAACGGUUUAUUCAUCCAUCUUAAAUCGUGUGAUAUUCUCUCUGCUCUACCAUUAACUAAGUGGUACGGAUCGUUCUUUGCUGGUCUGCUUUCGGAGCCAGCGCUUAUCAGAAUAUGGGAUAAAAUCUGCGGCGGUUCGGUCAAAAUUGUGAUAUUUGUACUGAUAGAGAUUUUGCGAACGCUUCGUAGGAAGGUACUUCAAUGUACCGAUCUUUGCAGUCUUUUGAAAUGCAUAGAAUCCAUUAAAGGAGAACAGGAAACAGCCGACUUGAUCGUGAAUAAAGCGAUAGAACUAUGGCAACAAAACAAGGGUCAUAACGAGUUCAUUCUUCAAUCUAAAGUAAAAAUGAUAAUUUGAGAUCGUAUUUUUUCAAGCAUGUUUGAAUAGAAGUUUAUUCACGUACCACAGUU